AUGCUGAGGGUCAUCACACUGGAAGACGCGCGGGUGGAGGAGAGCGAGCCAGACACCGCUGUGAGGGAGGAUGUCGCGAUGGAGGAUCCUGAGGCAGACGGCAUCAACACCGGGACCAACAUCCUGGCAGCGAGCCAGAGAGAAGCAAACACCUCCCCCGAAUGUCCAUCACCAGCCCCCUCGUCAAUCUCAAUGACUUCCCCCUCCCCCCGAACGCACUCUCCUACCGCCGUAACACAUUUCCCUCUACCGCAGUCGCGCACCCCAUCGCCGCCUGUUUGCAGCCCAAGUUUAGGCCCGAGCACCGCAGAGACGCGUGGAUAUGCGGCCACUGCCGGUCCGGAUACUAUUUUCCGAUCUCCGGGACUCGACCUGACGCGAUUCGGGCUCAUCGUUAACACAACCCACCAGCUCCUCAUCUGUCUUUCAUGCCAACGCGCGAUUACCGUCAAGGGCGCCCGGCGCCACGUCCGCUUCCAUAUCCCUCAUAUGGAGCUGCCUGAUGAUCUGGACGAGGUCAUCCCACGGGAGUGGUUGAUCACGGAACCGAAAGACUUCCAACACCCCGAGCGGAGCAUAACUCCGAUCUUCGGACUUUAUGUCGAGGAAUUCUACUUCUGCGGUUAUUGUCACCACGGUUACAAGAAAGAAACAACCCGGGACAGUCACCAGCGCGGAUGCUUGAGUCGUCUGAAGGGCGAUGUCGUCCAGGCGUCAUACGUGGGUCACGGGCAGUCUUUGGGAAACACACGGAACCGAUCUCUCUCUUUUCCCGUGGACCACACGGCACUAGUGCCUCGCGGAAAACAGCCCGGAGUCGCUUAUUUUCAACCCGCCGUCCGGCCGGACUAUUCACGCAUAAAGGUGGAGCAAUCGCAUGAUGCGAAUGAUCUCGACCUCUUUGUCCGGAACUCGGGCUUCAAUUCGUUUGUCAAGGACUACACCCCAGCGGAGCUGAACGAGAGCGUUGCAAUCGACACCAGCUCUGUUGAUUCAGAUCGGGUGUUUGGCAACUACCGAAAGGCCAGCCAGAUACUGUGCCGACACAUAAACGGCGCACUGGAGAAGUCACUCGGAUAUGUAAAAAAACAAUUGGCAAAAGUUGGAGACGACCCGACUAGCGCUAUGCACCGGGAAUUGACCGAUUCAAGCAUUCCCUCCUACUCGAGACUUUUCGCAAAGAUGCUCUAUACCCUGACCCUCGCCGCCAAUGACAAGCCACUCCCUGUGAAAUUUCCUCUGAAUAACGAGCAGGUACAACUGCUUCAGGGAAUGUACAAUUCUUUCUGCAACAAAAUGCCGGAGGAAGAAACAACCUUGGAUAUAAUCUUGAAAGUCGGUUUAAAUCUCUACCAGCAGAUGAAACCGGAUGGUAGCGCCGAGCAUUGGGUCUUACCAAUGAACCGUUAUCUUGUCGCGUCACUCAUGGGGCCCGAAACGUGGCUGCCUGCGCAUCAGAUGACGAACUUGUGUGCCCGACUAGAGUGGAUCGGCCGAGGAAUCAUGCUGUUGUUCAUGCGGAGAGAAAUGAAGGCACAGCGCCUCAAUUCAGAGCAGGGACUAGAGCUGGUUCGGAUAUAUAUAUCAGAAAAGUCCGAUAGCUCUUACGCGUUCAUCUAUGACGUCCACCGGCUGCUCAAGCCAAUCUCGGAUGAGUUCAACGACGCCGAGGUCAUGUUUGAAGACUCCGCUGGCUCAUCUCUGGUAUACAAGAGCCACCGGAUCAAAGUCAGCCAAUUUGCUGACUUGACCGACUCUCUGCGCGACCAAUACCACAGCAUCUUGAAGGAAAAAAUCUUCUUCAACCAGGAGAUUCCCGAAACAUGCCGGCCCGUUUUCGACAUCACCGAGUUCAUUGACAAUCCGCGAGACUUUGCACCCGAUUAUUGUUUCCUCGACAACCCAAAGAACGCGGAGCAAGUCGAGGGCUGGGAUCGCGCGUACUGCGACUGGAUGGCGUCACAGCCGCACAUCAUCGACCAGUUCACCUAUAUCGAGGGUGGGACUGUGCGCUGGAAGCCUGGGCCGUGCUACGAACUGCUGGAAUGCUUCUCCCAGCUCCGGAUGAUUCUCGCGAUCCGAGUCCUGAUAUCAUCAGGGCCAUCGGUUCGCGGAACAGAAUUCGCACGGCAGACCUUGAGGAACAUUCGAGGCGGCACUGUCCGUAGCGUCCUGCUGCUGUACAAGACGCUCAGUAUUGUUUGUGUUCUGGAGAAGAACAGCGCCCAGUACCUUCAAAAGCAUUUCAUUCCUCAUGCUCCAACAAAGGACGUUGUACGGGACUUCGUCAUAAAUGUUGGGAUAUUUCGUCCCUGGGAGCACAUGGUGGUCGCUCAUCUGCGCUCUCCGGCAGAUGCCGACAGAUAUCGCAUGUCUUUGUGGCCAGGGGUCAGCCGUGAUUUCUCCGGAGAUGAGAUCUCCAACGCACUCGGUGAAGCGACGGAAAAUAUCUUUGGCAUACCCCUCAAAAUCCUUGCAUACCGCAAGAUUGUCAGCGGAAUUGUUCGUUUCUUUCGGAAGCCAGGGGACUGUCCGACUACCGAGUCAACAUAUUAUGACCUGCUGCAAAAUCACACCACCCCAACAAGCUAUCGACACUACGGCGUUGAUCAGAACACAUUGGCAAAUGCAGAUCCCCGGAGAAUUAUAUAUUUUAUCUCUGCCUGCAUCAUCUGGGGCAUGAAGACGGGAAUCGACCGGGGAAAUCCAAUCCGAAUUGAUGCACCCGAGGAACUGCCCGACAGUCUGAUCCCUGAGCUAGCCGUUCAAGAGAAACCUGUCCAGGUACAGCCGUUAAGCCUGGCAGCGUUGCGGUCGGUCAUGGAAGAAGUGGUCGCAGCCGCUAUACCGCGGAAAGAAGAACUCAUCGAGCCAUUUUAUCAAGCCCUUGCGGAGUUCUAUGCCAGUCAGAACUCUGAAUCGAACAUUUUGACGAGACACACUGGACUCGCCCCUGCGACAGCGGUCGUUGUUCAUCCAUCAUUGAUCAAUGAUCUUCGAAAGUUCCGGAACGAUCCCGAGGCCAUGUGGACACACCCGAAGCAAGCCGAGCUAGUCCAAGCCAUGCGAAUCAAGGACCGCCAUGUUCUCGGCGUCCUGGCAUGCAACACCAGAAAGACUACCGCGGUUCUGAUGCAAGCCAAGGUUAUGGAUUACAUGCUCGUGACUCUCGUUGUGCUCCCAGUGAGCGGGCUGCAUCUGGACCUUCAUACGCGUGCCCGUCAAGAGGGCCUCCGAGCUGCACAUCAUUCACCGUUGACAUUCCACAGUUUUCUCGAACAACUCCAUGGUGAUCGGAGGCUCGCAAACCUCGUGUUCGAUGAGGGACAUAUGUUCCUCACCGAUAGCGACUUCCGCGAGUCUGUGACCAGGGUCUGCCAGAUCACACGAAGGGCUGAAAUCCCCAUCACCAUCCUCAGCGGGUCCAUCGGUCCAAUGACCGUUGAACCCCUGCUGAAAUUGUUCUGCAUCAAGGAUGUGCAUGAAAUUCGAACCCCUUCUAUGCGCGGUAAUCUCGAGUACAUCGCCUCCGUUCACCCGCGGGCCAUCAACGCAGCGGGCCACCUCUCCGACACGCAUGAGGGCGCUGCGGUUGAAUAUAUCAAGUUCCGCCAAGCCAUUGAGACAGCGCCAUACCGAAUGAUCGUGUUUUGCUGCUCUAGGGCGGACACCGAGCGAGUCGCGAAGGAAUUGGGUGUUUCUGCGUUCCACUCGCAGAUCCCGGUGCCGGAGAGGGAGAAAAUAUUCCGGUCAUGGGUGAAUGGAGAAACCUGUGUUAUGGUUUCGACCAGUAUCCUCGGCGCUGGGAUCGAUGUAGAUGUUCGAGAGGUCGUCCAGAUUGGCAUUGCCUUCUGUUUGCUUGAUUCGCAUCAGCAGGCAAACCGGGCCGGGAGGGACGGCAGGCCAGCGAGAGUCCUCACCUUCGCUUCUUCCGAGACCAAGUUAUCGCAAGCAAUGGAAAGUAACAUGAACAUCUCGCUGGGCUCCCAGUUUCUCAUCCCCUGGCUCUUCUUGCAUGUCUGUCGAAGGCUCAUCAUCUCUGUGUUCUUGGACGGGGCUGGCAUCACUUGCGCUGCGAUUCCCGGGGCGAUCCUCUGCGACAUCUGCGAGACCGAGGCCACCCAGCCAAUGCCAGCCCAAUGCACCAAAACUCCGACUGCAGAGACCAUGGAUGACAUGUAUGCCCUGUUCCCGAUUCAAAUCGACCAAGCACAACGAAAGGCGGCCGUCGCUCGUCAAGCCAGUGGUUGCAGAAAUCCGAGCCAAACUAGGGAUGGAUUCCUCGACUGGGAUGAGAACAUCCGCGAUUGGACCCCGCCCGUCAACACGAGGAUGGCAGCCAGCCCCAGCUCGGACAACUACGGCGAACUCUGA